ACUUGCUAUUUUAGAGGAAAAAAUAGUUACUGUAAAAUACAGUAACGAAGAUCUACUGAUCCAGAUCUCUUCCUCUCUCAGCUUCAUACAAGUCAGCACACAUCUAACACCAUCUCCAUCGAGACGUCCUACUAUCUCAAUUUGGACGGAGGUUAUCAGAUUGAGUCUAUCUCAUUUUGUUUUACAUAGGAUGGCCUUGGUCACCACUGCUGAAGUUUGCGAUGCAAACCCACAGCUUAUUGUGAGUGGUGAACUACGUGCCCUGCAGCCAAUCUUCAAAAUCUAUGGCAGGCGCCAAGUCUUCUCUGGACCUGUUGUCACUCUGAAAGUAUUCGAAGACAACGUUUUGGUUCGUGAGUUUCUCGAGGAGAAAGGUAACGGGAGAGUUCUUGUUGUCGAUGGAGGUGGUAGUCUGAGAUGUGCAAUUUUGGGUGGCAACCCCGUGGUGCAAGCUCAAAACAAUGGAUGGGCUGGGAUCGUAGUAAAUGGCUGUGUAAGGGAUGUGGACGAAAUCAAUGGCUGUGAUAUCGGAGUCAGAGCUCUGGCUUCGCAUCCGAUGAAAGCUAAUAAGAAGGGUAUUGGAGAGAAGCAUGUUCCGAUAACCAUUGCUGGGACUAGAAUCUGCGAUGGUGAGUGGCUUUAUGCAGAUACUGAUGGCAUUCUUAUUUCAAAAAUGGAGCUAUCUGUUUGAGAAUGUCCCGUCGCAAAUUAAGUGCAUGUGAGUUGUGAACUUACUUUUAUGGAGCUUAUGGUCUAACUGCUGCUCUGCACGUAUGGGAAUUGUAAGCUCGAUUAAUCUAUUGUAUGUUGUAAGUCAAACUCGUCGUUGGAACAAGUUUUACACAAUUUUACUCUCUAUUUCCUCUUAAA